UUCCUUUUCCUGCCGCUGCCUCUCUAUGGCUGGAUAAUAAUAAAUAAAAAUAAAAAUAAAAAGGAGAAGCAGCCUUUUGCAUGGUCUAAACUUGGGUGGAUCUCUGGGAUCUCCUGCAAGGGAGAAACUGCAGCAGAGACAGACGCUGGAAAGAGUACGUUAAACAAUGCCAAGACAGUGGACGUUUCCUAUUUCUGAAGUGACCCCUUUGCUUGUUGAAGAAAGGGAGGCAAUAGUGCAGGAGAAUGGGAAAAUUUCUGGAAGAAACCACAUGGUUUGGAGAAGACUUAGUGAGAAACUGGCAAAGAAGAAAAUCAACAUUUCUGCAUACAAUCUGUACCUAGCUGUCCUUAGGGGUCACUAUGAGGUCUACCAGACCUUGGGAAAUUGUACAGAACCUGUUGCUUCUGACUGGGGAAACCAUGAGCAUUCAUCAAGUUUAUCCUCUGAUGAGUCCAGAGACCACAAUAUGGAUGGAAGCACUGAGGAAAGAGAGGAGAAAGAGGAAGAGCACUUUUUGAGCAAUCAAAAAAUUGUUGAUGAAACUCUGGACAGAAAGAAAUUCACAGUCACGUUUUCUACAGAGGAAUGGGCUGAGAUUUCACCAGAAGAUGUGACAUACAGGAGCAGGAGGGAGAACUCCAUUCGAACCUACAAUAUAGAACCUGAGAAGAAAUUUGCAGAACCAAACAAAAUGGAAGAACUGGGCCUAGCGGGCCCUGAGGCCAAAGAAGAACUGGAGGCAGGAGGACAAGAUCUUUGUGUUGUUCAGGUUGGGACCGUCCAGGAACUUCUGACCAGGGCAGCCCCACCACAAAUUAAAAAGGAACCAGAUGAGGGGCUUCAACAGUACUGGGAGACCCAGUGGCAGGAGUUCCUGAGGAGGAUACAGUCUCCUCAGUCAGGAUGGGGGUGGCAAAGGCCACGUCUGCCUCAGCUCUGGUCAAAGGACGACUCUGAGGACUUCCAGGCCUCUGUCAAGGCCAUUGUGGAUACCAUCUGGUGGCCUGCAGGAGAGUGCAUGGCCCAACCCUUGCCAGGCCUACUCAGACAGUCCAAUGAGGCCGGUCAAAGGCUGGAUCUUUCUGUGAAAGUGAAGGAAGAGGUUCCGGAUGAGGAAGACACCCCCAGCUUGGAGUUGCGCUGCCAGCGCUUCCGGCGGUUUGGCUACAAGGAGUCUGAGGGGCCCCGAGAGGGCUUGAGCCGACUCCGUGAACUUUGCCACCGGUGGCUGGCACCAGAUGCACACACCAAAGAGCAGGUUCUGGAUCUGGUGAUCUUGGAGCAGUUCCUGACCAUCCUGCCUCCGGAAAUGCAGAGCUGGGUGAGAGAACGGGGCCCUGAGACCUGCGCCCGAGCUGUGGCCCUGGCAGAGGAUUUCUUGCUGAGGCUGCAUGAGGUCAAGGUGCCAGGACGAAAGGUACGGGGGCCUUUGGACAAGGCGACUGCUAAUUCCCCCGAGACAGAACGGGAUCCAUUGAACGCCACUGUGGAGUCGCCUCUGCCCAUGGAGGUCAAGCCGGAGGAGGAUGAAGCUGAUGGGCACAUUUGGAUGGACUUCGGCUUGCAAAGACCCAAGAAAGUCAAUGGGAUGCCAUUGACAGGAGCCCAAGAGGGGUUACCCCCGGGUCCGGAGGAGCUAGAAGAGGUGCCAGGGAGAGAGAUAUGCCCCUCAGAACAGCCAGAGGAGACAGAAGGCCGAGCUUUCCCGUAUAACAAAGGUUUCAACGGGUGUCUCUCCCAAAAGGGCCUUUUGAAAGUUGUGGGAGAGAAAACGGGCACCAGCAGCGAGAAAAGCUGCCCUCCGAGAGCGGACCUUCCCAAGAAAGCCCAGAAGAUGUACAAAUGCGCCUACUGCGGCAAAAUCUGCAACAACAGCGCCCACCUGGUGAUCCACGAGAGAAUCCACACGGGCGAGAAGCCGCAUAAAUGCUCUGAGUGCGGGAAAAGCUUCACCCAGAAAGGAAACCUUACCACACACAAGAGAAUCCACAUGGGGGAGAAGCCCCACGAGUGCCGGGACUGUGGGAAAAGCUUCAGCCGGAGGCAGCAGCUCGUGAGGCACGAGAGGAUCCACUCGGGAGAGAAGCCCUACAGAUGCGCCGUCUGCGGGAAAAGCUUCUGCCGGAAGGACUCUCUCAUCACCCACAAGGGGACCCAUGCGCGGGAGAAGCCCUUCGAGUGCUCUGACUUUGGGGAAAGCUUCCCUUCUAAUGCUGGACUUCAAAAAACGUGCGCAGGCAGCGCUGCGAUCCGAUGUCUCUCCGGCGCCUUCCCGUGCGUGUGUCCCACCGCCAGGCGGCUCUGCUCCGGCGCCUCGCCGAGGCUCUUGAUCUCCCCUCUUCCAGUCUCCGCCGGGCGCCUCGGCGGCGGUGGGAAGAGCUUCCUGGAGCAGCCGCGGCGAGAUCCGACGGAGGGACGGAGGGAGGCCGGCCGAGUCCCCCGGGAGGAGCGCGCUCUGGAAAGGCCGCUUGCGCAAAGGGGGAGCGGGCAGCGCGAGCGGGAUUCUCCCGUGGCAGUUCCACCCUUCUCCUUUCCCUGCCUCUCCCGUCCUUGCAAAAGGCGAGGGAGCCCCGCAGGUACUGGCCCCGAGCCUAGUUUAAUGCGUCUGCAGCAGGGGAGAGAGAGCCAGCCUGCAAAAGAUUUUGGCAAAAUGAUGUGUGUGUUUGUCUUUGGAACAUUUCCUCCUCCUGGGGGAAGAGAGAUGGUUGCCACGGAGCCAGUACAGGCACCGCCAUUCUCCUUCGAAGAAGUGGCCGUGUAUUUCACAGAGGAGGAGUGGGCUCUCCUGGACGCAGAGCAAAGGGACCUUUACUGGGAUGUCAUGCAAGAGAAUUAUGAGAAUGUGGCAUCCUUGGCUGUUCCAAUUCCUAAACCCGAGUUGAUCUCCCGGCUGGAACAAGGGCAAGAGCCAUGGAUCUCCAACCCCCAGGCUACGGAGGACAAGAAGGUCCCCAUUGGCGCCUGCCAAGGGAAUGACGUUUAUUUGAAUUCUCCCGCCAUCCCGGCGAGCGAGGUGAUCGUGCGGGAGAUCAAAGAAGAGGUUCCUGAACGAGAAAUCUUGGACCAAGCAGAGCCCCAGUGGACCUUGUUGGGCUCUCCGCCGGGGCUCGACCCCCUGAACUCUGAGAGCCGCCGCGGGCUGCAGAGGCAGUGGGAGAUGCCGCCGGGGACGGUGUGGCGGGAGCCGUCGCGGCACCUGCGGGCGGCGAGUUCGAAACGCAGCAUGUUCCACGUGGGGCGCAAGAAGCUGAUGUGCCCCGAGUGCGACCGGUGGUUCCACUGCAAGUCCGAGUUCCUGCUGCACUGGAGGACCCACACGGGGGAGAAGCCCUACGAAUGCCUGGCGUGCGGCAAGCGCUUCAUCCAGAGCUCCCACCUCAGCGCCCACCGCCGCAUCCAUACGGGGGAGAAGCCCUACGAGUGCCCCAAGUGCGGGCGCAGCUUCAACCGCCGCUCCACCCUCACCGAGCACCUGCGCAUCCACACCGGGGAGAAGCCUUACAAGUGCCUGCAGUGCGGCGAGAGCUUCCGGUGGAGGCCCUACCUCACCAAGCACCAGAGGGUUCACGUGGGCGGCACCAUCUACAAAGGCCUGAGCGACAGGGAAGCCAUGUUUGAGAGCCCGCCCCCUGACGAGCAGCAGGGAGGCCACCCAGGAGAUGAUGCCGUGGGGAGUAGAAACGUGGAGGCCUUUCCCCAGCACGCUGCCUCUGAGGAAGUGGCAGAACAGCACGGCGGGGCUGGCCUUAACCCGGAAACGGAAGGCCAGCCGCCCGGGAGGCCUGUAAAGACUGAAGUGGAAGGGAACGACGUCACGGACGUCAGCCAGAUCAAGAUCGUUCAGGUGGAGAAGAAGCACGUUUGCCACGAGUGUGGCAAGGCCUUCCAGUACAAGUUCGAGCUGGUGAAGCACCACCGGACGCACACGGGGGAGAAGCCCUUUGAGUGCCUGGCGUGCGGCAAGAGGUUCUUCCAGAGCACCCACCUCAACGCCCACCUGCGCAUCCACACGGGGGAGAAGCCCUACGAGUGCCCCAAGUGCGGGCGCAGCUUCAACCGCCGCUCCACCCUCACCGAGCACCUGCGCAUCCACACCGGGGAGAAGCCUUACAAGUGCCUGCAGUGCGGCGAGAGCUUCCGGUGGAGGCCCUACCUCACCAAGCACCAGAGGGUCCACUCGGGGGACAACGCCUACAAGUAUUUUGAAGGCGGGGAGAGCCUCUAUGACAGCUCAGCCUUCUCCGAGCACCAGGAGGAGAUCCACCCAGAAUAUUUGGUUUCCGCACCCGACUCCAUCUCCCACAUGGCACCCCGGGGAGAGCCGUGGGUGCAAGGCCCCCAGCGCUCCGAAGGGAGGCAGAGUCACAGAAGUGGCUCCGAAGGAGAAGGGGCAGCGGAGCUACUGCGAGAACAGUCCGAGGGGGAAGGUGAAGGCGUGGACUCUCCGAGGAGCCUCGCUGCCCCUCACGACAGGGCAGCAGCCAGCGACUCGUGUGAUAGCAUGACAACUGAACACCCAGAGGAGGAUACCCAGCAAAGAGGCCUUGAGCUAGAAGUCAACGACGUGUCGCCAGACAGAUCCGAAGAAAACGUUUCCCUGAAGUCUCGAGCCAUCUCUGAUAGUAGUGGGCAUGGGUCGUUGGAACAUCUAACAGCAGAGUGGGAUGAAUCUGAUAGUUUAAAAUAAAAUCCUUCCAAUCCCCGGCCUCAUCCUUGAAUGAUGAAACUGUCGGAAUGUGGAAAGAGCCUGCAUUUGUCCACUGGUGGGAUCUCCAAGUAAACUGUUCUGUCCAGCAGCAAAGAGAGACCUCCAGAGUUUAGUGAAUCUUGCAGACAAUUUCUUUUGGAAAGACUUGAAGACACAGCAGCAUUCUUAACUCCCCCCCCCCACCCUCCUCCAGUGUUAACCAGACAUUUGCAUAGCCAACAUGUACGGAUCGCGGGGAAAAGUGGGGUUCUUUAACUGAAAUAUUAACAUAUGUCUUUUUAUUUUAUUUUAUUUUGUAUGGGUUAAUUCAUGCGCAUGUUUUAUAUUGUCACCCAGGAAUACGCUAAUGUUAUGAUCUGCGGUCUGGGGAAGGUCGUCAUUAUGUUCCCACAAGAGAGGUCAGUGAUUUAAAUUUCACAAGAGCGAACAUUUUUAAGGCUGAGAUUAUAUGCAUUUCACAAUUGCACUUGCACAAGGACACGAGCUGGUGCCAGGGCACCGAGUUCCAGCGUUCCUGAGAGACUAGGGCUUUUCGGGUUUCUAGCCCUUAAGCCUGUAAGGAUGGAGUUUUUGAAUCUGAAAAUCUAGAGCACUGAAUAGAGUCGCGAGCGGUCAGGAGGCAGGGUUCCGGUGUCCUGUAAAACUAACGGUGUAAGCAGAAACAAUUAUGCAAAAGAGGCAAAUAUGUAUAUAUAAAUAUGCAAAUGACUUUUCAUUUGCAUGCCAUGUCCAGGUCAAAUAAUUCAGCUACUUUUGCUGCAGAACAUUGAUUUAAUUAAGGGCAAAAAUUACACUUCCUGACUACAGGUAUAGGAAGCCAGUCAAGGUCAUAAAGUCUUGUUCCAAGUCUGUGACAGAUUUGCCACAUCAUCCUUUUCCCCUCCUUUUUAUUUCUGUUUUGCAGACAAAACCCUGAUUCUCACAGUCUCACAGUCACAUUUCACGGUAAACUCAUGUGUCAUGUGACUUUUCACUUUUUGAUUGUGGAAUUGUCAACAUUUCAUUUGUGUGGAUGUGCUCCCCCAUGUGGCCGGAACUGAGAAUCCCUACUCGCUGGAGGACCAUUGC